UGUGAACACGUCUGACUCUCGGUGAAGCGCGCUCCCGCGUGACGUCAGCAGUUGGUCAACAGGACGGAUUGGCCAACAGGAACACGCCCUGGGCUGAGCUGUGCGCAUGCGCAGAGGAAGCAGCAGCGUGUAGAAAGUUUGUAGUUUCGAGAGUUCGGAAUCUGGAGAUGUGUUACAGGAAAGGAAGAAGAUCUGCAGCUGAUUUAAAGACAAAGAUCUGCUGAGGAGUUAAAGGAGGAGGAGAUCUGCUGCUGGUUCACAGGAGGAGAUCUGCAGCUCCUGCAGGAGGACAGGCUCCAACACCGACCAGCUCCCGGGACAAACAGCGGCUCCUCUUUGCUCUCCCAGCCGGACUCAGCCGCUCCUCCCCCGGCAUGAAGAUCCAGUUCGCCCCGCUGAACGUUCCCCUGCGGAGGAGGCUGCAGACCGCCGCCGUCCUGCAGUGGGUCUUCUCCUUCCUGGCUCUGGCUCAGUGCUGUCUGGCUGCCUUCGUCCUCCUGGCUCUCUCUGAUUGGUGGAUGGGGGCCCUGCUGUACGCCGGUUGGCUGUGGCUGGACUGGGACACGCCCACCACAGGAGGCCGGCGGUCCCGGUGGGUGAGGAACUGGACCGUGUGGGAGUACUUCCGGGACUACUUCCCGCUGACGCUGGUGAAAACUGUCGAUCUGGACCCGACCAAGAACUACAUCUUUGGCUUCCACCCCCACGGGCUGGUGUCCAGCUGUAAGUCCAGUCUGUCCCACCUGGUCAGCCGUCCUGAGGGAGGUAACGUGGCUGUCAUUGCAGUGGGUGGAGCCCCUGAAGCUCUGGAUGCUCGGCCUGGAGCUCUGACUCUGCAGGUGAAGAACAGGAAGGGCUUCAUCAAGCUGGCCCUGAAACACGGAGCUCAGCUGGUUCCGGUCUUUUCUUUUGGAGAAAACGAGCUUUUUGAUCAGAUGGAGAACCCGGCGGGAUCUCCCCUGAGGAAGCUGCAGAACCGGCUGCAGAGCAUCAUGGGAGUAGCGAUGCCUGUGUUUCACGCCAGAGGGGUUUUCCAGUACAGCUUCGGUCUGAUUCCCUACAGGAAGCCUAUUCACACUGUCGUUGGGAAGCCAAUCCCAGUCCGCCAGACUUCGUGUCCCAGUUCAGAGGACAUUGAUGGUCUCCACAAGGUCUACCUGCAGAGCCUCAUGGAGCUGUUUGAGGAGAACAAACGCACCUACGGUCUGGAAGAAGAUCAGCACCUCACCUUCAUAUGAACCAUGUAUGUUCUCGUACAGUGGACCUCUGACACUGUUGUCAGCUGACUGUCAUCCUGAUGUCUGAUUGGCUGACUGGCUUUAAUCUCAAGCUAUUAAAAAAACAGUGACUGCAGAAAACUGGACUGUUGAAGGUUCCCACCUGAAGAACAUGGUUUGCUGUACUGAGGAAAUGAGCAGCAGAGGGGAGUACCUGAGUCUGCAGAACUUAACGGGCCAAGUCCUGCUGGUCAGAAGAUCCUCAGAAAGGUGUCAGCAAGAGCACCGUCUGUCCUGGACUCCAUUAAACUGUUUCUGAUGAUUUUUUCCCAGGAUAAUACAACACAUUUACAGGUU